AUGGAUGUCAAUAUUCGUUCAGUCCUUUUUAAUAAUAUAAUUCGUGAAAUGAAAGCCAUUUAUGAGAAUGAUGAAUUUAAUGCUCAAAAAUUCAUACAAGAAAAUGAACAACUUUACCCACAAGAAAAAGAGCAAUUAAUAAUAAUAAAUGAUGAUUAUAAACUAAAUGUUUUAUGCAUUCACUGUCAAUCUGAAUUGUUUGCGAAAUAUUCUUGUGCCAAUUGUAUUCAACAACACAUAAUAGAUAACUUUGAUAAUUGGAAUUCUGGAGAUAAAAUUAUUGAUACGAUGAUAAAAUAUUUCCAAAUUUUGUAUUCAUCUGAUCCAACCAAAAUUAUUGAAUGGUUUCCUUAUGAAAACUUUAAAUAUGUCGUAAAAAAAGCGGAAGGAGGAGUUGGUUCUAUCUUUAUCGCUAGUUUGAGUAACACUAUUUUUAGUUGGGAUUAUUAUAAUAAAAAGUUUAUGAGGGACAGUCAACCAAAAAAGGUUGUAUUAAAAAGUUUAUUAGCUUCUAAUGAUGAUGAACAGGAAAACUUUUUUAAAGAGGCUUUAAUCCAUAUCACCCUUGCAAUUGAAGUCGAAAAUCUUAUUUCAUGCUAUGGCAUAACUAAAGAUCCUGAAAGUGGAAAAUUCAUGAUGGUAUUGGAGCGUCAAGAUGAUGGUGAUUUAAGAUCUUUUAUAAAUAACACUGAUAUCGCCCAUACUUGGAGAGAAAUAUUUACUUUACUAAAUGAUAUUUCUCUUGGGCUUUAUGAAAUACAUAAACGUGAUAUGAUUCAUAAAGACCUUCAUCCUGGAAAUAUUCUAUUUAGCAAUGGUAUUUGGAAAAUUUGUGACUUUGGAUUCAGUGAACCUGCCAAUAAAAGCUCAGAAAUUGUUGGUGUGCUACCAUACAUAGCACCUGAAGUUUUACUUGAAAGAAAUUAUACGUCAGCUGCUGAUAUAUAUAGCAUAGGGAUUAUUAUGUGGCAACUUAUAACUAAAUGCAAUCCAUAUGGGGAUCUAAAGUGUGAUAAUGAAAUCCAAGUUGCACUUGAAAUUUGUAAAGGUCGUCGUCCUACUAAUGAUUUUAAAUUAUAUCCUGACUAUGAAAAAAUGAUGAAAAGAUGUUGGGAUGUUAAUAUUUCAAAUAGACCUAGCGCAUCAGAACUUUAUAAUUUUUCUAAAGAAAAUUUACAAAAAAUUUUUAAAAAGGAGUUUUUUAUUCCUGAAUUGGGUAAUAAUUUUGACUUUUUGAAAUCUACUCAUAUAUCAGAUAUAUUUCAAGAACCAAAAACUUUUAGUACAGGGAUCCGUUAA